AUGGGAGAUUCUAGCAAUCACGGCAAAAGGUGGCCUGGACUCCUUUGGCAUCAUCGAACUGCAACUGUGGCCAGUAGUCCUUCAGCCUUCAAUGGCGACAACAACUUCUCACAUUGCGAGCAGAUAAGUAAGCCUACUUUAAAACAUGAUGGAACUCAAAGUAAUUCUGUUGAGAACUUGUUAAUAGAGGAAGAGAGAUGCUCAUACGAUGCAACUACUGAUAAAGAAGAACUUCAAAUGAAGGCAUCAUAUCGCUCUUGGCCUUUUUGGAGUAAUAGUUCAUACUCAGUUGUCGAUUCGAAAACUGACGAUAAAGACAAAAGCAGCAACCAAGGAAAUCCCAAAGUGCAAUUUUCCCGAAUCACGUCGACUAGAAAUCUGAGUUUGGAUCAGUCGAAUGUGGCGUUACCUCAUGGGAAGCACGAAUUAAGCACUGUGUUACCGUCCAUAGGAUGUCUUCCUUUGAAGCACACUACAACAAUGUUAUUCGAUCGUUUCUACAGAUUUUCGUCUCUUCUUGGUAUUAAAAGUUCUGUGCCAAGGCGAUUAUAUAGAGUAGUUGAACCCAGGAAGCCCAAAAGGGUUGUGAUUAUUGGUAUACAUGGAUUUUUUCCUACAAAGGUUUUAAGGCCGCUGAUUGGCGAGCCCACAGGAACUUCAGUAAAGUUCAGCAACGAGGCAGAAAAGGCAGUAAGGGCUUGGGCAAAGAAACAUAAUGCGGAUAUCAGUAUUCAGAAGAUAGCACUAGAAAAAGAAGGAAAUGUUAUUAGCCGGGUUGAAUAUUUUCUCAGUGAGAUGAAGAAUUGGACUGAAGAAAUCCGUAAGGCUGAUUUCAUUUUUUUUGCCGCCCAUAGCCAGGGCACUCCAGUUUCUAUAAUUUUGUUAGCUCAAUUAUUAUCUGAAGGUAUUAUGGACGACAAGCGGACAAUAGGAAUACUGGCAAUGGCUGGGAUAAGCAACGGCCCUUUCUUUGGAAUCGACCAAAGAUUUUUUGUCAGAGCCUAUUCAACUAUAGAGAAUGAAUCAAUGAUGGAACUGUUUGAAUUUCAAAACCUGAGAACACCUCUUUCCAAAUUAUACGUGCAGAGCAUACGGGAGAUUAUCAGCCAUGGAGUUAAAAUAGUUUUUGCAGGAUCAAUUGAUGAUCAAUUAGUUCCACUUUACUCCGCCCUAGCGUUCCAUGUCCGUCAUCCCAAUAUAUUUCGUGCAGCCUAUAUAGAUGGCUGCUCCAAAACUCCAAAGUUCGUUUCGGAUACUGUUUCUAUCUGUUGUACAUUGUAUAACCUAGGUUUUUCUGAUCAUGGUGUUCUUAAGGAGAUUAGCCCCGUCCUGGCAGGUCCGUUGACUGGUGGUGGUCACUCUAAGAUUUACAAUGAAAGAGAUGUUUAUGAAUUGGCAAUACAGUUUUUUUUGGAAACUACUAACCUUGAUGACUACUUCCCAAAGCAGCCUGUUAUUAUCAAACAUUUUGAACUAAAAUUUCUCGCUGCUAAUCCGUUUCAUCUUCCAUGGUGUAUGAGAGGGUUGAUGUUCGAAGCACACAAAUUCCUUCCUUCUGGAAAGAGCAAGGUUGAAAAUAUCCUAACAGAAUUCAACAACUGGAAUCCUGAUUCGAAGUCUUUGAAAGAUAUGAAGUACAGGUUAAAUGGCUUAGGGACAAAACUGUGA